UCAAAGCUUGUUUUUUCGAACAAUAAAUGAAAUGCGUGAUAGUGCUACAUAUUUACUUUUUCUGUUUCAUAAUAAAAUAAAAAAUAUAUUCAAUCAGUUGAAAUAUGCGCAGUGCUUAUUACAAUGGCUGGAUUAAAUAUUGCUGAAUGGACUGCGGACCAAGUAGCUGAAUGGAUGUCCGGGCUGGACGCAUCUGUUGCCCAGUAUGUCCCACAAAUGCGAGCCAAAGGCUUAAAUGGUACUAGAUUAUUGAUGUUGAGAUGUGAUGACUUAGAGUACUUGGGCAUGCAUAUCAUCGGACACCAAGAGCUCUUGCUAGAAGCUGUGGAACAUCUUAGGAACUUUCAAUACGAGCUGCUUCGUGAGUGCGUGCAGCAACUGGCAGUGCGCGUGUCGGUGCUGGGCGGCGCGCUGGCGCGGGCACUCCGUCAGCACUCUGAGGCGCGCCUCGACACGCAGACCCUCGCCGACGUGGCGCGCACCGUGCAGGCCGUCAAGCCGCUCGUCUGCUGGCUCGACCGCUGGGGCGUCGGCGCCGGCCUCGCGGAGAGCCGAGCCGCGCUGCUGAAGCUCGCGCUGGAGGCCGCCACCUGUGCGCAGCGGGACCGGUUCGCCGAGCAGCCCGUCCGCACCGUGGGAGCGGCCGCCGCCGCCGCCGCCGCCACCGCCGACUACAUCGUGCGCGAGGCGGCCGAGCCCGUCGUGCUGCAGCCCGCCGCGCUCGAGACCGUCGUGCUGCGCCAGGAGGGCCGGCCGCUCGGGUUCGCCGUGGUGCCGUCCUACUGCGGACACAACCAGCUCGCGCACAUCAAGUUCGGGUCUCCGGCGCACGCGUCCGGCGCCGUGCACGCGGGGGACGAGCUCGUGCAGGUCGGGGCGCGCUGCGUGCUGGGCUGGAGCGCGCCCGCCGUGCUGCUGCAGUGCGAGCGGGAGGCGCGCCAGCACGACCUCGCGCUCCGGCUGCGGCGCCGCACCGCGCGCACCCCCGCCGCGCACCUGCAGCCGCGCCGCGCCCGCCUGCACAUGCACGCGCAUCUCGAACGUACGUUGCUGGAGAGCCCCCGCGGUUCGAUUUUGGCGGCGGUCAACGGUGAGCCGGAGCCCCGGGCGCCGAGCGCGGAGGCCGCGGUCCCCGGGGGUGCUGCGGCAGACGCGAAGGGCGCGGAGGCGGCGGCGGGCGAGUCGUCGGACGAGAGCGAGCCGCUGUCCCCGCCGGCGUCCCCCACCCAGCUGCACCCCGACCGCGCGAGGUGCCGCACUCGCACUACGUUACUUCACUCGUUUUAGAUUGUACUAAUUAUAAUUCAUUAGAAGUAUACUACAAGUGGAAAAAGAACUAUUGUGACGCAGUGUAAGCGAUCACUGUUCGCUUCAUUUUAAUGCAUAGACGACUGAACCACAUCACAGUCCAUUUGGUGUUAACUGGUUGCCAUAGUUUUGUUCGCAUUUUUAAUUCCUUUUAUCAUGGA